GGACCACAACACCACCGAUCAGCUGAGCGCUUGUGCUUGUGUAUGUGGAUUAUUUGUUAAUAAAAAAAAAAAAAAAUCAAAAACCCUCCAAAAACAGCAUUAAUAUCCCCCGGACUCUUGUGAUUUAAGGGUCCUAUAGACGAAUAAAUGUCUGAUGCACAAGAGCCCUCUAAAAGUAAAGAAGAGGAGGAGGGAGACCAACCACAAGAAGAGGAAGACUCAGAGGACGACAGCAGUGAGGAGGAGGCACCUGGAGAAAUGGAAUUCCUGCGUAACCUCUUCUCCAGCGCCUUGGGCCUCGGGUCAGGUACUGGAGAGAAAGUCCUGGAUGAGUUAACGCUAGAUGGAGUGGCAAAAUACAUGCUGAGUGGAAAAUGUAAAAAUAUUAUUUGCAUGGUUGGAGCAGGAAUAUCCACAUCGGCUGGAAUUCCUGAUUUCCGUUCUCCAGGAACAGGAUUGUACGCCAAUCUGCAGAAAUACAACCUGCCUUACCCAGAAGCAAUUUUCCAGAUUGACUAUUUUAAGCAACAUCCAGAACCAUUUUUUGCUUUGGCCAGAGAGCUGUAUCCCGGACAGUUUAAGCCAACCAUCUGCCACUACUUCAUGAAGCUGCUCAAGGACAAAGGACUUUUAAAGCGCUGCUACACACAGAACAUAGACACAUUGGAACGUGUGGCUGGUCUGGAGGGAGAUGACCUGAUUGAGGCCCAUGGCACUUUCUACACAUCGCACUGUGUGAGCUUCUGCUGUCGGAAAGAAUACAACCUUGACUGGAUGAAAGAGAAAAUCUUCGCAGAUGACAUUCCCAAAUGUGAAAAGUGCAACAGUUUAGUGAAGCCAGAUAUUGUCUUCUUUGGAGAGAAUCUGCCUGUCCGGUUCUUCACCUCUAUGAAGAUGGACUUUCCUCGUUGUGAUCUUUUAAUUGUCAUGGGAACAUCUCUGCAAGUGCAGCCAUUCGCAAGUCUAGUCAGCAAAGUUUCAAGAAACUGCCCCAGAUUGCUCAUUAACAUGGAGAAAACAGGCCAGAUGGAUCCCAUGUUAGGAAUGCUUGGUUUUGGAGGAGGAAUGGAUUUUGAUACUGAUAAAGCUUACAGAGAUGUAGCUCAUAUCAGCACCUGUGAUGACGGCUGUCUGGCUCUAGCAGAUCUGCUCGGGUGGAAGGCCGAGUUGGAGGAGCUGGUGAAGAAGGAGCAUGCCCGGAUUGACGGUGACGACAAGCGGAAAACAGAGAGUGAGAGCAAAGGGGCCAGUGCCAGUGCAAAGGCAAGCCCCACCCCAGAAACUAAAAAGGAAGAAUAGUUAAAAACAAAUACAUAAUAAUUUUACUUUAUCGGAGUGAUUUUAGUCCUACUGGA